GCAGUGGUUUGUGACGCCACUUAAAGCGGUGUUCAUCCAGAAAGACAUAACGUGAGAGAUCGUCUAACGUAUUCUUUAGAAACAGUGCAAACAAAACGGAAGUUGGGGUAUUAACUCAAAUCCAAGAGCUAUUGACUGGCCUUUUGUUUCCUAACUAGAGCCUUUGUUACUAAUCGUUAGGGUCUUGUAACCGCAUGAUUUGAUACAGCAGUGCGCUGUUGGUGGGUGUAGACGGCGGGGUUGCCGAGAGGGAGACAGGUAGAAAAAGUAGAGAAAGAAAAGGAGAGAGAAAGGUUAUAAACAAAGAUAACCAGUCGGUCACGAGCAGAGGUGAACCAUGGUUGCAGGCAGUCGGGUUACCCCCGUGCAUUCCAUAGCAAUGUUUCAUCUAUUAAUGUUUUCCGCUGUGUUGAUUUGCAAUGUCAACGCAUCUCCGGCGGAUAGAGGUGGUCGUCAACCCAACGGGAUCUUGACUGAUGUUGAGGAUGCUGUCAGUUCCUUAGGUGGUGUUUCCAAGAGGAGAGUCAGGGAUGUCUUGAAUCGAUGUCAUAGCAGUGAAAAGCUUAAACGAGAGGACCACUCUCGAUUCCCGCGCAACACCCGAGGAUUGGACACCAUCACCUCCACGCAAGAACAAGACGCUGGUGGUUUGGGUAGAGCCCUUUAUUUCACCACAGACUCGGACCUGCUCCUCUAUAAGAGGAUAAGUGAUGCGGGCUUCUCGUUUCCAAGGCAACGCUUCACCAUGGAGAUGUGGGUAAAACCGGAAGGAGGCCAGUCCAGCCCCGCUGUUAUAGCAGAACUUUCGGAUAAAUGCAAAGCAUCCAAUAUCGUCUGGGGAUGGUCUGUAUACAUUGAUGUCCCUUCCCCUUGGAGCAUGGGAGGUGCCGAGUUCAAAUUUAGCCUUCAGACUGACCGUUCAAUCGAGAACACAACCGUCAGAUCGCAUCAACCAUAUCAGCCUAACACGUGGUUGCACGUCGCCGUUUCUUACGACGGCUGGAUGAUGAGGCUAUACCUGGACGGCGCUAUGGUUGGGGCUGCAAUUGGGCAGAGGGGUGACGUGUUUAGCAUGGUGUCCCAAAGAUGCAAAGAGUUCAGCCUAGGGGGAAGCCGAGUGCACUGGGCACCGUUUCGGGGCGCGAUCGGAAAUCUUCGGAUUUCGGAUGAAGUACUAUCACACGCAACAAUCAAAGCAUCUGCAUCGGCGCCCGGAAGAGUGUCGGGAACAGAGUUCGUCAUCUCUGAAGACUUUGAUUCUGAACUCGUCAACUGGAGUCCAAGCGAGAUGAGGGAGCCAGAGAAAGUGGUCUUUGAUGCACAGAGACACCCAUCUUACCCUCAUGUGACUACUCCGAAGUGUGGACUAACUGUUUGUGAUAACCCUGAAGUGGCUCGGAGCUACAUUAACAACCCACACCUUCGAAGUCCAGUUGUCCUCCGAUUCCGUCCGAUUGUGUUAGCAGAAGACGAUGGCUCCAAUCCGACAGUCAGUUCGGCUGAUCUUCGGAUGCAACAUCGGUUUUUGUCGGAGGCAUAUGGCGGGUAUAACAUUACAUGGCGUGACGUCGGGGUUACGGUGGUGAGAAAUUCGUCGCUAAGACGACGGUUUGUUAUAGCAGGAUGUGACCAUCAGAUUGGUAACAGAAGAUGUGACUUGGAAUGCAAAUAUGAGAUAACAGGUUAUGACGGCGGGGACUGUGAUGAAGUGAGAGCAGAUUGCCCUGACGAUCUUAAAGGUGAUGGUGUAUGUCAACCUGAAUGCAACAAGGCAUACCAUGAUUGGGAUGAUGGAGAUUGCUGUAUACCUACAAACACUACCUAUCCCAUGUCUUGUGCGGAUCCAUCAUCGCUCUCCAGGUCCUAUAUUUCCGCAGAAGAACUCAAAGCGGCUGUCAAUCUCACUAACUCUGACGCGCUGAACGUCUUCUUUGUCGACUUUGUGGACGUCGAUAUCGAAGGAUUUGCGACGAUGCCGUGGGAGGUCACCUCUCAUUCGGUUCAAGGAGGGGUAGUUAUUCAGGGCGGUGCCCGUCUUACCAACAACUCACUCAUUCACGAGAUGGGCCACGCCCUAGGCUUGCUUCACGUCCAUCACGGCGUCUCCGAGAUGAGCUGCACCGACGACUGUUACGAGCACGACGCAUCAUUGGAGAGCGGCGAUCUCGUCGAAGAUACCAAUCCGACGCCAACUAAUCAUCAUUGUCGAGAUCCUACGCCGGCAGAGAGUCGCGACGGGACGAUUUGCGGAAGCGAAGAACAGUGGCGGAUGUUUAUUGACACGCCUUUCAGGAACUUCAUGAGCUAUUCAGAUUCCUCGUGCACGAGCCACUUCACCCCUCAUCAGGCUGCCCGCAUGCACUGUUAUAUCGUCCUUAUGUACCCCUCCUGGGACCCCUCCCCCACCCCUGGGACCAUCUCCCUCCCUCCUCGGAUCAUGGAGGAAAGCCCGGAGGGUGGGUUGACGAUUGCCUGGUUGCCGCCUUUGAGCGGAAAUCAUGACGAAAAUGAGUCCCGUUGCGCCGAGUGCACGCCGGAAAACGCGUUCGUUCAGUACGCGUCCGGGGCGACAUCUCCAAAAAGGGGAAGGUUGGCGCAAGUAACUGGCUCACCGGAUGCCAAACAAUGUAGUGUCAACCAACAAGGAUGGAUGGCCUUCGCUUCGGGUAGCGCCACGUGCAACGAUUGCCUCCUCAAUCUCGAGUUCGAACACUAUGUCGUCCCUGCUCGACUCUCCAUCUGGGUCAGUUAUAUUCAUCGCUCACGUGACGUAAUCCGUGACAUCAUCCUUUGGUAUGACGACAACACAAAAGAAUCACUUGGUCCUGUAUCAGUUGACUGCGACAUCCCAUUCACCACUCGCCUCUUCACUGACAAACCCCUAGUCAGUAUCACACUCGACGUCAGCGGCCUCUACACCAUCAUCGACGCCGUACAGGUUGUCUCGAGACCUCAAGCACCCGCCUGCCAAGCCUGCACGCCACAACGAUAUCGCGUGCUUAGGGAUCCGCCAUUCGAAAGCGACGAUGAAGUCGACGAUGUUGUGGAUAACACUUGGUUCGAAGACAGAUGGAUUGAGGAGGAAGUUCAGUAUUCAUACCGCAUUAAAGCGAUAUCAGGAGAGCUAAGCGGCCUUCCCUCACCAGUGGCUAAGUACCAGAGAGGAGAUGCGUUCUGUGGCAAUAGAAGGGUAGAGAGAUUUGCGGACAUGAGCGAAGAGUGUGAUGAUGGUAAUCAUAUUGAUGGUGAUGGUUGUGACAAACUCUGUCACCUGGAAAGACAUUUCGUCUGUGAAGGCGAACCUAGCCGUUGUCGUCGUUUUAUCGGUGACGGUGUGUGUGAAGAGUUUGAGCGGACGAACAGUGAACUGGAUUGUGGUUUCUAUACGCCACCUGGAUACACUGAUCAGUGGGCUUCUAGUGCCAGCGCGAACCCGAUCUACCAGGCUCCUGAUUGCCCUGUUACACCAGUUAUCGGGAAACCAAGACAAGGCAGGGAAUGCAUCCAAGAGAUAACAGCAGACGAUGCUUGGUAUCCCUGUGGGGAAGGGCGCGAAAAUUCAACAGAUUAUUGGCUAAAGCUCGGAUUUCAGAAGCCGGUUAUUGCAACAUCCGUUGUAGUCCACAUAGCAGGUAUCAGCUUUUUCGAUUUUGACGAGUCUCAUCCUCGGAUAUCUAUAGAACUUCUCGAUCCGACAGGACUAUCUCGCAUUCAUCAAACCGACUUCAUCCCGGUUUCAUGUGAUCCGAACCAGAUUUCCUUUGAUAUAAAACAUGACCUGAGCAUGCCGUUUGUAUAUACUCAAUUUAUCAAAAUAAGACUAUCCACACCGCAAAUUGCCAUUUCGGGUAUUAGGCUUCGGUCGUAUGAUUAUUUAAAACCUGUCGCAUUGUCAAUGUGUGGUGGAAACCAAGUUUUCAAUCCGAAAUUGGGGCAGUGCAUGAACUACGAGUGCAUCAGACCGGUUGCGGAGAAACCGAGUAUUCGAAAUGCAAAUGUGACUUGUACUGGUCUUGAGGAUGGAGACACGUGUGAGGUGCAGUGCAUGCCGGGAUAUAGACCGACUAAACCAAUUAUGUUACAGAAUAUUGCCGGAAGUUGGGAGGGACCUUCGAUAAUGUGUAAGGCUGUAGACUGUGGGAUGCCUCCACUCGACUCGAGUCUGGCGAUAGCUUCCUGUCCGACCGGGACUCGGUUUGGUAGCGAGUGCAGCUUCAAAUGCAUACCACCAGCAAAAUUACAAGGCACGGAUAACACCCUUAGAUGCGAGGAAGAUGGUUUAUUCUCGCUCGCCCAGUCGUUUUGUCAGGUGUUGUGUGAUGCUCCUCCUACCCCACCCAAUUCCAUGUUGCAGAGUCAAGACUGCCGAAGUGAUGGCCAUAAUGUCGGCAGUACCUGUAAAUUCAGGUGCAAGGCUGGGUUCACGUCCGCCUACAAAAAGGGAAGACCAUCUCGAGUGGCUCGCUACCAAUGCAGCGAGAAUGCUACAUGGAUAGGGUAUGGUUGUGAACAGGUUACUUGUCCAGCUCCUAGUCUGCUUUUCCAUGGUCUAUAUAACUGUUCCAAUGCUUUCAACUAUAAGAGCCAAUGUACACUCUACUGCCCGGGUCAAAAUGCGGUUCCAAGUACAAUUACCUGCACGAAAGACGGUGAGUGGGACCAAGAGUUUACACCAUGUGAUCCUUCAAUCUCCUGUCCCGAACCAGUUCCACCACCGGAUGUCAUCAUAGACUGUCCUCAAGGCCAGCUGGCAGGUGCAAUGUGCAAGGCAAAAUGUCGUUUGGGUCGAACCUACCAGAUAGCCAUGGAGGGCGCCACCUAUAGAGAACGGGGCCUGCUGGGAAGACAUGACGUUAUCCUGUGUACCGCUGGGGGUGUUUGGUACCCUAACCUAGAUCUGACAGUUUGUCAUGAGAAAUGUUUGGAGUAUUUCAUUGGUGAUAACGAAUGUGAGAGGAGGAACAACAGAGCCUACUGCCUCUGGGACGGAGGGGCUUGCUGCCCCUCUACGGCCCCAACAGGUGAAGUCAUUACCUUCCCUGAAAACUGUGGGGAGGGAUGUGAAUGCCGUGACCCUGAUGCCAUUGAGAACAUCCGCCGUAGCAAUGGUUCAGUACGACAGCAUAAUCGACCGCCAGCCUAGCAGAUCCCAAUCCAACUCGUCGACUCAGUGGAAGGAUGAUAAGACAGUCAAAAUAACUUUCAAUGAGCAGGAAUUUUUGUUCAUAAAAUGUUUUCAAAAUGCACAAGAAUAUUCAGCAAUAAUUAAAACCAUUAAUUAUAGAAUUUAAUAUUAUGAUCACCAUAACAAUAAAUAAUUAAUUAGGGCCUAUAAUUAUUUGAAUUAAAAUUGAGCUUUUAGAUAAUAAAAGGGUAUCAAUUAUUUAUCAAGAUCUUUAAUUUGACAACAGGAAGAUUAUCAUUAUAUGUGAGUGUAAUUUUAUUUGCAUUAUACUUUGGUACAAUUAUUACACAGAUGAACUGGUAAACUAUGUAUUAUUAACCCUAAAUAGACUGCGAUCGUGACAAAAAUUGGCAAGCGCGUUACCCAUGGCAUAAUCUAUAAAACUAUAAGAUCAAAUUCUGCUAAAAAUCUCUUUGCUAAUUAAUUAUGCUAAUUUAUGCAUAAAAUUAAAAUUUGGCUCUAAUUAACUAAAUAAUGCCCCUAAAAUGCUAAUUAUUGGUUCACAGACUCUUUAUAAGAAUCUGAUCAAAUUUAUUUCAAAAAUUUCAAUAUCAUAAUUAUUUUCUUGGUGGUCAAAAAAAUUUGAACGUUGGAUUUAUUGCGAAAAAUGUCAAGGGGGGGCUGAACCAGACCCCCCCCCCCCCCCCCCGUCUUGUUAAGGUUAAGAUUCUUGGAGAUAAGUCUACUGUAAACUAGUACUAUAAUGGUAUAAACAGUUGAAUAAAAUUGGCAUCUUGACUCGCAGAAAUGAUAAUUUUUCACUAAAUUAAAAAAAAUUAAAUAAAUUGAAAUAUCAAUCUUGCCACAGAAUGUUUUAACAAUGCAUGUCAUAUAAAACAAAAUUCCAUUUAUUUUUUAAGAACGCUGCUAAUGCACAAAAAAUACAAGGUCAGUUUUAAGUACACCUAUUGCGUACAUUUGUAUAUAUUUUUAGAAGAUAAUUUCAUGUAUUCUAUUUUCUCUGGGAAGUUAAUUUUCAACACAAACCCCUAAAACCAACUUGACAGGGGUUUUAACUUGAGAUGAUUCAAGAUAAUACUAUUAGUAUUGUCUCUGAAAAAUGAGAGAUCACUUGUAAAUGUUUAUUUCCAUAUUGAGUUGUUUUAUAAGAUAGUCCAGAGUUUCUUGAAGUCUUUCAUAUUCAUUUUAAUAAUAUCUUAAUUGUAAAUACAACUGGAAUUAUUUUGAGGGCUGUACAAGUUCAUUUGGGUGUAUAGAGCAGUGGUAUGUAGCUAAUAGUUGUUAUGGGAAUGACUUUGAAAUAUAAACUGUAUUUUAAUUUUAGUACAUGUAUUAUCAUUUUUUAUCAAAGAAUGUCUUUAGGUUUUACAUCACGCUACAGUUUAAAACAUAAAUAUACAUUGGAUAAGUUUCAUAAAAUCUUGGUAUGUACUAGAAUUAUUUCACAAUGCUCUUGGCUUGCCCAAUCGAGAUUGUACUCCGUCUCUAUGGUACUAUUUACCCUAUUGAAAAUUAUUUAUAAAAAACUAUUCAGUAUCUCAGGCUACAGAGGUUCAAAAGCUUUCCAUGGGCAAUAUACUUUCAUAUUUAAAGAUAUUUUUUUCUUGGAGAUUAUUGAGGUAGUUCUAUUAACAAUUCAUUUUCCCCUAAUUCAUUCUUUCAUGCAUACUAUACAUUUAUUCAUCCAUCUAUCAAGUCAUUCAUUCAUUCCUUUAUUCAUCUAUCCACAAAUCCAACCAUUCAUAUGUUCAACUAUUACGUAUUCGUUCAUUCAUUGUUUCAUUCAUUCAUUCAUUUGUUCGUUCAUUCAUUCAUUCAUUCAUCCAUCCAACUAUCUAUUCAUUUAUCCAUUCACACAUUCAUGAAAUACAAUACUUUUAGUCCAAUCUGCAUACUUUACUACAUGUAUGUCUGAAAAGCCUCAGAAAAAUUUCAUAUCUUUAGAAACAAUAUGUAUCAUCAAAAGUAAACCAAAACUUGAACUACUAAAAAAAAAAACAAUUCUAAUCCAUGGUAAUUCCAUUGAAAAAGAAAAUGGUCUUAUUGACCAUAUUUGAGAUGUUAGCGAACUUGAGCCUCUUAGGGGAUGUCGCAAGAAUAUAUUUGCGAUCAAUUGCAAAUAUUCUGUUGCAAUGUUACAACAACUGAUAGAUCAACGUUAGCUGCAGCAAAUCAGAUGAAACUUCUUGUUUCAAGGUGCAGAUUAGCAAUCAAUUACUAAUUUGCAAUUAACUACAAGACAUGUGAUUGAUUUAGGGACCAAAAAUAAACUUGCAAUUGAUCGCAAGUUUCUUGCAACAGCCCAUUAGUGGCCAGAACCACCAGGAAAUAACUAAAGAUGCCAGAAUAUUUUGAUUAGACAAAGAGUUGCGGGAGGAGUUAUUAUACACAAACCAUGGUUUGUACCUCUCAACCGUUGCCUAUCAGUAAAGAGUUUUUAAAUCCAAUCAUUCAUUUGAAUAACAACAUUCUCGCUCGAGGUAAAAUCUACUUUCGUAUUGAUUUUGUUUUUUAUCAUUAAUAUUUUGGAAAUUAUGUUGAAUAGUUAUAUUUCUAAUUCAGUUCAUAUAUCUUCUCAAUCUUCUUAUUAAACAAUAAAUUGUGUUCAAAACUGUGGAAGAACUGUUA